AUGACGACCCAGCCUUCCUCUUCGUCCGCCGCGGCCCACCAGGACCUGUCAUCAUCCGCCCAACUUCCCGCUUCAUCUUCGUCACAGCUCCAAGCCUCCGAACCCUCGAUCAGCAGUCGCAAUGACCUUCGAAGAAGCUCGGUUCAAACCGAGCAGUCCUUCUACUCGGCGUCCGACUAUCCCAGACGCAAGCAGCCGCGUGUAGCGCUUCAUCCAGGACACCAACCCGCUUCCUUCAGCUUCGUCUGUCUCGGUACCGGCGGUGGUCCCCUCGAAGGCGAUUGCUCCUGCUACCUCCUCAAGGCAGCCGAUCAAGAGUGGCAGGAUGGUUCCAUCGUUGUCGAAGGCGGCUCGUGGCUAGGCGCGCUCACCGAUGUGCUCGAACAACACGGUCCCGACUCGGCCUUCUACGACUUCGAGUUCCCACCCACCACACCGUCCGCCUAUCUGCGCGCCGGUCUCAUGGCUUCCUUCUCGAGUGCCUUCUUGAUAUCACACGCCCAUCUCGAUCAUAUUCUCGGCUUGGUGCUCGGCUCAGCCUCCUUGCCAGGCAAAAGGAGCGUCUUCGGUCUCAAGCCCACACUCGAAAACAUUCUCGACAUGUUCAACGGCAAAAUCUGGCCCAAGCUCGCCUCGUGGAAGGAGGACGAACCGCAUACCAUGUAUCACAUGCGUUGCCUCGACAACCAGCGACCCUUUUCAGUAAGCGACUCACUCAGUGUCUUGCCCUUCGCUCUUUCGCACGGUCUCAACCCGUCUGAGCCGCCCGCACCUCCCACACCAACCUACGCGCCGGCGCAACUCAAUUCGAACUACUUCAGCAAACGCAUGUCGCUGCCCGUCAGCACCCAGCUCGGCUCGUUCCAGCUCUCGCGCGGUAUCGACGACCGCAUGCGCACCCUCGAAAGCAUCUCACAAGGAAGCGAGGCCAAUGCGUUCCGUCGACCGUCGUUCAACAACAGCCCUUUCUUCCCCUCGACUGCUACGAGCAAAGCGUCCAACGCUUCGCUCGGCCCUACGGAUAUCCCGACCAACAAACAGGGAGAGCCUGUAUCGCCUCGAGCGUCGCCUGCUGCUACUGCUGCGGACGGUCUCGCAUCCGCUUCGUCCUCCACCGCCUCCCUGUCUUCGGUCGCCAUGCUGCCUACGGCCAGUGGCGGACCUGGCAUCCCGACGCAUCCCCCUCAGCAACCCUCCUCCUUCAACAAACCGCUCCCGGACAGCCCGGCCAAGAACCGCAGACCUCGAACCGCCCAAGGCUCGGAACGACGUCCUUCGCCUCCUUCCGCAUGGACCCCACCCACUUCGUCUUCCGGCCCCGCUUCGAACACCACACGACAACCGCCUCGGCGCGUCUCGAUCGAUCGUCCCCCACCCUCGCUCGACUCGACCGCCUUCUUCAUCACGCACAAAAACCACGACCGCGACGUGCUCUUCUUUGGCGACGUCGAGCCGGAUUGCGUCUCGCAAUCGCCGCGCAAUCGGCAGGUGUGGAGUCACGCCGCCGAGCGGUUUGCCGAAGGACGGCUGAAUGCGAUUUUCCUCGAGUGCAGUUUUGCAAAGGGUCAUCCGACGGAAUUUUUGUAUGGGCAUUUGUCGGUGGAGCAUCUGUUUGAUGAGUUGCGGGUGUUGGCGCAGAUGGUGAAGCGGGUGAGGGAGAUGAGGCGGAGGGGGUCGAAUGGGAGUGUGAGGAGUGCUGGUGGUCCUACCGGAGCGGGGUCGAGUGGUGGGAACAAAUACCAUCUGGCGCCUUCGCCGUUGGGGACGGCGGCGGUGUCGGUGCAUGACGAACAACCACAGCCACCGAGCGGCAGUGUGUACGACCGCGAUAGCGAGCUUCGUGGUCAACUGCAGGGGUUGGGCGUCAUUGUGAUCCACGUCAAACCCGCCUUGUUUCCGACAUUCGUCAAUGCGGCCACCACAGACAGCACGGAUGACGACGCAACGCCAAUAGUCAACCCAGAACCCAUACUCGACCACCGCACCGCACCCCAGAAGAUCCUGGACGAGCUAGAGCAGGAGGAGCAAGCGGCCGCAUUGGGCGUGCGCUUCGUCAUGGCCGAAAAGGGUAUGCGCAUCGAAUGUUAG